UCUCGAGUCGAAACUGUCUCGAGAUCGCAGCUUUCCAAAGUCCAUACAGGAGAUUUAAAUCGUCCUGCUCAUACAUAAACACCAACUAGGAAGUCGAGAAAAGUAGCGUUGUUUGAACUCAAGGUUUCUUUCUAGACACACUGUGGUUCAAGUGACUAACCAACCUUUCGACGAGCCUGAUAACUAGCCCUGCGGGGAACACUUCACGGUGGCUUAUUCCACGACUGUCCCAAUUACCAAACGAAGCGGCAGAUCCCAUUUGAAUACUAGUAGAAGCUUACCAACGAAACCGCAAUCAUGGCGAAAACCUUGUCGCCCAUUACGCCAGUCAGCUGUAGUCUUGCAGGAGAAGCAAAAUCCUCCAACUUGAAGUCUGCCACAAUCAGGACCAAUGAAGUCCCUACUGGCAUCAAGAUUGUGAAGCAAAAGCCCACCGCUCCUGCCUUGCCUCCGCUUACGCAUGAUGUCCGUGUCGUGACCCUUGCCGAGUACAAGCAAGCUGCUCUUUGUCUGGCCGAGGCCUUUAACCAGGAUGAGGUAGUCCGGUACUUUGUCGAUGUACCUGACCUUGCUCACUGGACUGAAGAGCAAAAGUUUGCUUUGCAUGUCGAGAUUCUCGAAUACAUCACGUGUGCUCACAUCCUCAAGGGAAUGGUGACUACGGUCGGAGACUUUGAAGCAGUUGCGCUGUGGAUGCCGCCAGGCCAGAACAUGGAUGACUAUCUCACCACAUUCCGCUCUGGCAUGUGGCGUCUGAACUUCCGCCUCUCGGCCGAAGGCAAGCGUCGCUUCUUUGGCGAGUUCAUUCCUCUACUCCACGACACGAUGCACACCACGCUCGGCGAUCGAGAACUCGAGGCCUGGUACUUGGUAUACAUUGGCACUAGGCCUAGUGGCCGUGGAAAGGGCCAUGCUCGCAAGCUCAUUGAGCAUGUCACGAAGCUGGCGGAUCGCGAGGGCAGGCCGUGUUACUUGGAGUCGAGUAACGAGGCCAACCCCGCCAUCUACCGCAAGUUUGGCUUCCAAGUGACGAGAAGGGUCAACCUUCAGAGGGGCGGAAAGAAUAUUCCCAUGGAUAUCAUGGUUAGAGAGCCCCAGAUGACAGAAGAGAAGAAUAGUGGCAUGUAAGGUAGUUUUAGUUGGUGGGGUAGGGUUGAUCGAUCGUGAACAGUAAAGUCACCGGUUCAACAGAUGACUUUGGGGGGCGGGUGGUAAGAUACAAGCUAGGAGAUACUGGCUUAUUGUAGUGUCCUUCAACAGGGCCUACCUGGUACUGUUUUUUUUGGCACGCGGAUUUCUUUUCGCACAUAUCUUAGAUUACACUCGUUACUGUGGGGUACAAGGAAACAAAGUGGUGACACGAUGCUUG